AUGCGUUCGAAGGCCGUGGGUACCCAGGGAGGAGCUCCAAGCGACACAGCGCCUGCAGCGGACGUCGCUGUCUCGUGUGUGUCCAACUCGACGGGCGCCGAGUCGCCUGCUACGCCCAUGGAGGUGGCACUGGCCGCCCAUACAGACGAACAAGAGCAGAAGUCUCUAAAUCGACAGGAGGAUGAGCCUAUGACGCCAACACAGAUGCAAAAUGAGCAGAGGCGGGAGCGACACUGGCGACGUAUGGUGCACAGUGAGCUAAGGGAUCGAUUGAUUGCCACCAUGAUGGAGCAGUUGCAGAGGAUAACAGGGGACCCGGAUGUGCGGCACUUGAGAAUGUGCGCGUCUCGCUAUGAGUCGUUCGUGUGGAAGAAGAGCGCCAACCAGGUGCAGUACAAGCAGAAACUGGAGCACCGUAUCGAGUCAUUGCGUCGCCAGCCAUCACACGGUGAGAACGGGGGCAUGGAGGUCACGUCCGGCGGCUACUGCGACGCCGUCGUUGGUGCCGUGUCCUUUUAG